AUGGCAGACAGGCAGAAGCACCUCUCUGCACCCGUGUCGCCAGCACACAGCCGACGCCCGUCCCGUCUCGAUCUUAGCAGCAGCAACGAGCACCCAGACGAACGAUCACCCUUGUUGCAACGGUCGCGAUCCCACAUUCGCAUACACAACAGCCAUGAUACAUCAAACCUCAAGACUCCUGGGCUCUCGAGGAGAAACAGUGGACAUGAUGCUCACCGUCUCAAGGCAUUACGCAGCCGUAAAGACUUUCGUGGCCGCGUUCAUGCCUUCUUCGACGCGUCCCAGGGCUGGCUCCUCAGCUUUGUGUGUGGAGUCAUCAUCGCCCUCAUCGCCUAUACCAUCACAGUUUGCGAAACUACCUUGUUCGACUGGAAAGAUGGGUAUUGCACCAGAGCUUGGUACAACAAUGAAAAGGAAGUGUCCUACUUCUUUCCAGCCAAGACGCUCUUCAGGACCUUCUUUUGCUGCAUGGUCGCUGCCCUGACACUCAAGUUCCUGAAUCCCUACGGCACGCAGAAGAUUGUCCUGUUCCAGGUGCGCUACAUCAUCGACUGGGCUUAUUUUGAGUUGGCCACGUUCGUCGUAGUCGGUAUGCUGGGCGGUGCCGCCGGCGCGCUCUUCAUCAAAGCAUCCAAACACUGGGCCCAGAGCUUCAGGCGCAUCAAGGUCAUCAAGGCGUACCCGAUGCUGGAAGUGCUGUUGGUGGCCAUCGCAACCGCUCUUCUCAGUUACUGGAACGUCUUCACGAGACUCCCUGUCGCCAAACUCCUUCUCAACCUUGCAUCGCCUUGUAACGACAAGGAUACCGACCGGGACGACCUCGGCUUGUGCCCUUCGGAAAUCAGCGAGAUCCCCCCCAUCCUUAUGAGCUUGCUCGUUGCAUUCCUCAUCAAGGGUCUGCUCACCACUGUCACCUUUGGCAUUAAAGUACCUGCGGGAAUCUACGUCCCAUCCAUGGUGGUGGGAGGUCUCAUGGGUCGUAUGGUAGGCCACAUCGUGCAAUGGACCGUCAUGCGGUUCCCCCAUUUUGGGCUCUGGAGCGACUGUGCAGCGACUGUGCCAGGCACCUGCAUCCAGCCCGGUGCUUACGGCUUGAUCGCGGCCGGUUCCACCAUGUGCGGCGUGACUCGGCUGUCAGUAACUUUGGCCGUUAUCUUGUUCGAGCUCACCGGAAGUCUGGACUAUGUCUUGCCGUUCUCGCUGGCUAUUCUCGUGGCAAAGUGGACGGCGGACGCUAUCGAGCCUGAAAGUAUAUACCUGGAAAUUCUGCACCGCGCAGGCGAGUUGGACGGCGGUCUGCCGAUUAUUCGCGACGACGUGCUGGUGGGGCUCAUCCCGGCGCCGGACCUCGAGUACGCCCUCGAUAACCUCGAGGACGAAGAGAGCACGCUGUGUCUCAUGGCGCACGCGAGGCCGCACGGCGAUUCGAUUGAGGAUUCAGGAGGUGAGGAAGACGUGGACCCGACCGAUUUGACACCGUUCAUCGAUGCGGCGCCCGUGGCGCUCGAUAUUCGGUCGCCGAUGGACCUGGUCUACGAGUGCUUCGUCAAGCUCGGACUGCGCUACAUCUGCGUGCUGCGCGACGGGCGGUACGCGGGUUUGGUGCACAAGAAGAGCUUUGUGAAGUACAUACGGGAGCUCGAGGAGAAGGAGAGGCACGGUGGCUGA